UUUUUUUCGUAAAUUUCGCACUCGCUUUUCAUUUUAUUCAGCGUAAUUCACCGCGGGGCGAAGCAGAAAAAAAAAACUUCGUACAAUGCUGUCAGCACUGCGCACACGUCUUUUCAAACCACAGCUGAUGGCGCCUUUGCGGCAGGCGAGCAGCUCGGCGACGGGAGAUUCGAAGGCGUCGCAAGUGAGCAAGAUCGUAGCGCAGGCGGCGCAGACGCAGGAUAAGAGCAUGGAAAAUGCCUCGCACACGCGGGUGUUUUUCGCCAAGGCCACGUAUCACCCGCGGGAGCUGAACGAGGCGACGGCGCAGCGCGCGAUGCGCGAGCGCAUGCAGCAGCAGCAAAAGCGGGACGAUCCGUUUGUGGCCAUGGGCAUUAACCCGCUGGUCGAGUACAAGAACACGUAUUUGCUGAGCAACUUUGUCUCCGAGAUGGGACGCAUCCGGCCCCGCCACAAGACCGGGCUGACGGCAAAGUCGCAGCGCCGCGUCGCCAAGGCGAUCAAGAGGGCCAGGGCCUUUGGUCUGAUGCCCAUUACCAGCAAGUUCAAUCCGAUGUAUAAUUACAAAUCGCUUGGCCGUGGCAGCCGCUAGAGAUUAGAAAAAAACACAGUAUUCGGGCUCCGUUCAAAAGUAAACUUUAAACGCUUA